UUCUUUGCGAUGCCUGCCGUGAAAAACCAAAACGAUACCAUCAUCAGUCAGUCAUACGACCACUUUACAACCAUCGUCAUCGGUGCAAAAGAAAGUAAUAUUGUGGAAAAACCUGCAGUGAAAACGCAUAGGACAAGUGCAAAGGGUGAAAUCGGUUCGAUGGGUUCGAGAAGUGCUUCAGGAAAUCCUUCAUCUAACGGUACCUACCGUAAGUCCAAAGGGUUUGUUCUCCUGGAGGGCGAAGACGUGGUAAAAUUUUCUAGCACGAAACAGGGAGAGCAGAAGAAAAAAGGUAGUGCGUGCCAGGUGCCGAAGAUAUCUGAUAAUGAUAGAGAUUUGGUGUGAAAUGGAAAAGUGAGGGAUCCCUCCGUCCCGUGGAACUGUGAAGUAGUGCAACAACAAAUUCUGACCUGGAGGACUCCUGCAACGUCGUUCCUCCAAGUGCGGUCUGUUUGUGAUGUUGUUUAGCACUUACGUGUCAAUGUUGGUUUUGUUGGUGUAAAGAAAAAUCAGUAAAAUUAGUGCACAGAAAAGCUUGUAUCAGAAGAAGAGAUCAGCGAAAUGCAAAACAGCUCGUAGUGCGGCAUCACUGCCCCUCGAGGGAAAACAACAAAAAGUCCAUUCAAUGCGAAAAGCUGCACUUGGUUGGAGCGCCGAUAGUUGCUGCUGCUGGUAGAAGAGAUACAACACGUCGUUAGUGGGACGAGCAUUUCGCAAUAAAAAAGGUCAUAAUCUUACGUAAGGUCGUUCGAUUCUGGACUGAAUAAUUCCAGUCAGUGUGGCGAGGAACGUGGGGACACACUUCUGAAGAAGCAAUAAACUUGAGAAACCAGAACAAAAAAGUGUAGACGAAGAUGUCCUUCGUAAGCGGAACGACCGACACCGAGGCGGCUCAAAAGUUUCUCGAGGUGCUGCAGAACGAUUUUCGCAACUUGGCGCUGGAGACGAAGAAAAAAUACCCGCAGAUCAAAGAGUCAUGCGAGGAGGCGAUACUGAAGCUGAAAACGGCCGCUGCCAAUCCCCAGACACCGGUCUACUAUGUGGUAAAUCAGAUUCUGUACCCUCUGGUGCAGGGCUGCGAAUCGAAGGAUGUCAAAAUUAUCAAAUUCUGCCUUGGCAUGAUGCAACGGUUGAUCACCCAGCAGGUGGUGGACCAGAAGGGAGCUCGCUACAUCACCGACACGCUGUGGAUGCUGAUGGAGAAUGGCACCGAGGAAGUCAAAGUGCUGCAGAGUGUCACACUGCUGCUGACGACCAACACCGUCGUCCAUGGGGAAACGCUGGCCAAAACGUUGGUGCUGUGCUUCCGGCUACAUUUUACCAAGGAUUCUACUACGAUUAACACGGCGGGAGCCACUGUUAGGCAGCUGGUGUCUCUCGUAUUUGAGAGGGUGGUAGCGGAGGAAGCCGAGGCGGAAGCCAAUCAGGAUGAGAAGCGAGAAGUUAACUUAGAAGAGCUUAAAAUGGCAACGGGAGUUGCCCCUAAAGGCCUGCGGCCUUGCGGAGCGGAUGCCUAUUUGCUGUUCCAAGAUUUGGUCCAGUUGGUUAAUGCGGAUCAACCGUACUGGUUGCUCGGCAUGACUGAAAUGACACGCACAUUCGGCUUAGAGCUGCUGGAAUCGGUAUUAACUCAGUAUACGUCCGUGUUCUACAAAAACCCGGAAUUUUCGUUUCUACUUAAGGAGCGAGUUUGUGCCCUAGUCAUUAAGUUGUUUUCACCCAACAUUAAAUAUAGGACAAUGGCGCCACAGAAUGCACAAGCUACGGCACCGCAUGAUAAGCCCUACUUUCCCAUCAGUAUGAGGUUGCUGAGGGUCGUUUCCGUUUUGAUCCAGAAGUACCACAGUUUACUGGUCACGGAAUGCGAAAUAUUCUUAUCGUUGAUUGUCAAAUUUCUCGAUCCGGACAAACCUUCGUGGCAAAGAUCAUUAGCACUAGAAGUGCUGCAUAAGAUGACAAUACAACCGGAACUACUGAUCUCGUUCUGUCGUUGCUAUGAUCUCAAAGAUCAUGCCACCAACAUUUUCCAGGACAUUAUCAAUUCUCUUGGAACGUACGUUCAAAGCCUGUUUGUCAACAGUCAACUGUUGAACAACACCGCUGGGGGACCCCAGGGUCAACAAGCUGCUCUGAUUGGAGGCCUUCCCGUCGGACCAGGAAUAUCACCUCAACCAGGAUUUUUGUUCCGAGGAGUAUUUCUACCGCUUGUUGUAACUUUCCCUACUGGUCAAUCAAAAUCAACGUUCUUAGAGAUGCUGGAUAAGAUGGAACCACCUCCUAUACCGGAUGGCUAUGGAAUAUCGGUGGCUUACGCUUGUCUACUUGACAUUGUGCGGUCGAUCUCGCUCUCCAUACAGGGACCAUCUCAACUGGGGGAAGAAAAUCCGACGCCUUACAAGAAUCGCGUCACAGAGGACGACAAAGCUCUGCACAUCCAAUUGAUCUAUUCUAGCUGGUUGGGUCUUCUGUCUGCGUUGGGUCCCCUGAUUGAUGCCGCCACAGAUGAGUCCACUACGGAAAAUAUCCUGAAAGCGAUUCAAAAUUACGCCGCACUGUGUGGUCUUCUGGAGUUGCACACGCCUCGGGAUGCCUUCAUUACAGCCCUGUGUCGAGCAUCACUUCCGCCACAUUAUGCCUUAUCGGUGCUAAACGUCAACUACCAGGGUAGCCAGUUCAAAUCGCAUUCGCGAGGAGGCAGCCAAGAUAUGAGUACGAUGUUCCUGGGGUCGUACGGGGACGCGGAUCAACAGCAACAGCAACGCCAUCCAGUGGUCGCCGUGGGUACGCCACUUCCAACUUCUUCGCUUCCGGUGGGGGCCCAUCAGGGUCCCGUACUGUUGACGAUUAAAAACCUUCAGUGCAUGAGAUCCGUGCUUCAUCUGGCGCAUUGCCACGGAGGAAUCCUUGGUAGUUCAUGGCACAUUGUGCUGACUACUUUGCAGCAUUUGGCAUGGAUCUUAGGGCUAAAACCUUCGACUGGAGGUAGUCUACAGGCAGUUCAGAAACCACCAACAGAUGCGAACUCUAUUACUCAAGUCAUGACGGAUCUACCCGUGUUGUCGCAGAUGUUAAGUCAGCUGUUUGAAUCGAGUCAGUAUUUAGAUGAUGUAGCACUGCACCAUUUGAUCGACGCCCUUUGCAAACUGUCCCACGAGGCCAUGGAGUUGGCGUACAAUAAUCGGGAGCCAUCGCUGUUCGCCGUAGCAAAGCUUCUUGAAACGGGAUUGGUGAACCUCAAUCGCAUUGAAGUUUUAUGGCGUCCGUUGACAAAUCACCUGUUGGAAAUUUGCCAACACCCUCACAUCCGGAUGCGCGAGUGGGGCGUUGAAGCGAUCACCUAUCUCGUGAAGGCAGCCUUACAAUAUAAAUACGAGAAACCGCUGAAGGAGAACCUAAAGCUACAGACACUUCUCCUAGGACCGCUAUCGGAACUGUCUUCGGUUCCGCACGGCGAUGUUCGCCAGCGUCAACUGGAAUGCGUUCUGCAGGUUCUGAAUGGAGCCGGAGAAACUUUGUCGCACGGAUGGCCCCUGGUGUUGGGAAUCAUUGGGGCGGUCAACGAUCACCAUGGAGAAGCCCUGAUUCGAAUUGCUUUCCAGUGUCUGCAACUGGUCGUUACGGAUUUCCUUCCGGUUAUGCCUUGGCGUUGUCUGCCACUUUGCGUGAAUACGGCCGCGAAAUUCGGUUCCCAGACGCAGGAGCUGAACAUCUCGCUGACUGCCGUUGGAUUGAUGUGGAACAUCUCGGAUUAUUUCAACCAAAAUCAGGAGAAGCUGUCGCAAACAGUGUGCGACGACACGUCGGUCCUGCCUGACUUCCCCGGUACGCUCAACAUGCCGCAUUUCGACCGGCUGUGGAUGUGUCUGUAUGCGCGACUUGGCGAUCUGUGCGUUGAUCCGCGGCCAGCGGUUCGCAAGUCGGCUGGGCAGACUCUGUUCUCGACGAUUUCCGCCCACGGAAAUCUGCUUAAUCCGCCCACCUGGCAGGCGGUCCUCUGGCAGGUGCUGUUUCCACUGUUGGACAAGGUCCGGGCCCUGUCCAGCUGUGCCAGCAGCGAGAAGGUCGACACGAGCGGGACCAUCCUGAUCCACCAUUCGCGAAAUACGGCUCAGAAGCAGUGGGCAGAGACGCAGGUCCUGACGCUGUCAGGAGUUUCGAGGGUUUUCAACACCAAACGAGCUCUGCUUCAGAUGCUCGGAGAUUUCCCCCGUGCAUGGGCACUUUUGUUGGAGUUCAUCGAGAACUCGGCUCUUAGCAAGAGCAACGAAGUCUCACUGGCGGCAUUGAAGUCCUUCCAGGAAAUAUUAUACAAUCGACCAACGUCUUGUCCGGUCGAUUUCGAUACCAAAGCACCUUCGGAGAAGUCUGCUGCAGAAGAGAUUGACAUCUGGAACGUGGCCUGGCGGGUAUGGCUUAACAUCGGAGCGGAAAGCACUAAACCGCCGUCCCUUGCCAGCGUCGAUGGCCACGAUAAAAACGGUGACGAAAUAUACAUCCCAAGUCAGGCGUUUCUCACUGCGCUGGUACAGAUCUUUCCGGCACUGUUCCAGCACAUUCGGUUCCGCUUCAGUAAUAAAGACCUUACGCAGCUUUGUACGGUGUUGAUGAAUGCAGUGGCCGUUCCGGUGCACAGUGAUUCAACGCCGUACAUUAUGUCCACUAUUACGGAUUCGCAGCUGACUCCGCUCCACGAUGGGGUACUGGAUUGCAUGGAACUACUUCAGAAGGACGCAAUUGGCGGGAAGGACGGUGGUGGAAACGGAUUGAAGCAAAUGAUCUCAGCCAUAUUCAAACAACUGUUGAGCUUUAGCAAAUUUGCGUGCGUUCCGCCAUCAUUUGAUCGAAUCGAGACAAGGCCUGUAAAGUCAACGCGUUCCGGAAGUGGAGUUGCGUCACAUCAACUCCCAGCGGCCAAUGGUGUCGAAUGGGUCAGCAUGAACUACAUUCCUUUCGGAGAGAAGGCUUUAACCGUAGCAGUGAAGCUGUACCAGCAGACGGCUAGUCACGAAGCCGUUGUUGAGGGUCAAAUUCUGCACGAAAUCAUCAAAGCAUUGCAUCUGCCUUUAUCACUCAAGUAUAAAUGUAUGUCGGCCAGUACGUGGAAACUGGCUAUUUCUAGUUUGAUGACAGUGCUGCAUACUGGAUUACCGGUGGCGCGAAAAUAUCCAAAACACUUUGCAGCCAUGUGGAAGGAUCUGUCCGAUACGUUGGAUCAGUUUCUGUUUCCAAAGAGUGUUUGCGUCGUGGAAGAUCGAGGUCUAGAUGAACUGGUGUUGGACGAAACGAUUGACUGUCAGGUGAUCGAGCUGAUAAGGGAUGAGAUCCUCCCAUUCAGUCACGAGAUUCCUCAGCAGUUUAUUUUGGAUGCGGUGGUCCUUCUGAACAAGGGUUCGAUUCAUUCUGCCACUACCGGAAGUACACCGUUUGCUGGUUGUGAGACGGAACUGAAGCUGCGGGAAGAGUUCGCUAAGACAUGCUUCGAAACGUUGCUACAGUUUUCGUUGCUGGACGAUGGAAUAGUCGGGGUGACAGCGGUUGCGGCAGAGGAGGGGCACAAUAAGAUGAACAACAACAGUGGUAAAGAUUCGGCUGCAGGUGCAGCAGGGGGAAACGGUGAGGGUGGCAUCGCAGGACGAUUGGCCAUCACGGCACUGUUGCACCGGUUCGAAGAAGUUCUUCGGAAGUUCAACGAUGACGAACGAUUGAGCGGGAAAUUUCCCUUGCCAAGAUACCGGCUGUCGGAAAUUUCUUUUGUGCUAAAAGCCGUAGCUACUCUUGUGAUAUCAAUGAAGAAGGCACCUCCAGCGAAAGUGGGCACCACCGCCUGGGAACAGCUGAUCGGUCUAUAUCCCUACCUGGUCGAGUGUACGACCACGUCCUCGGCGGAAGUGUCCCGUUCGCUGCGGGAAGCCCUGUUACAGUAUUGUGAUCUGCUACGGCCACCUGCGUCAGCCGUCGGAAUCCCGACGACACCGGCGAGUGCAACAGCCUCCAGCCGAAUGGAGAACAACAACGAACUGGCCAACACCAACGGCAUCAGCCAUUGUUAGCUGGUUUCUUUCCCGGCCGGAAGCUUCUACUUCCUAGUGCUGUACGACUCCGGCUUGCUGGUGAAGAUUGUUCUCUAAAGGUAAGUUUGCCCCCGAUAAGUGUUUAUGUAAGAUAUUUCCUCUACUUUCUUCAGUCGAUUCCACUUUUUUUUCGAUUUUUGGAAAACUGAUAAAAUUUGUAAAACAUGUUUGUAGAAAUUAUAUAUUUAAAAUUUAUUUAUACCUCUAACGGUUGAUACACAGAGCGUAUUUUUAUUAUAAACAGAUUUAGAUUUUAGAUUUCUCUAACCCCAAUACACUUUAGGAACGACAUGUGCAAAACUAUGUUCGAUAGUCAGUGUUAAGUGACAUAAAUUGUGAUUAAAUCUAUUUUUCUCUAAAAUCUGUAGAAGAUUACAUGGAAAAUAUGACUAAGGUAAAAAAACCCACUACGUUUAGUGCUCUUGAGAAUUUUUUUUUCUAAGAACGUUUUUUUAUUCAUCUGAAGUAAAAUUCCACGUACUCAAAAUAGUUUCGUACUAAAGAUAUAAUAUAGGGGAACCCGGGGCAAAAAGGACACCGGGGCAAGAAGGACACUUUUGAUUUCCCUGUAAAAUGUAAUAAUAUAAGCAUAAUCGAUGACUUCUUAACCUUCUUAACAGUUUUAUAAUGUAAUAUUCAUCAAAUUUCGUAUUGAAAGUCUUGAAUAAAGCUAAAAAUAGCUGAAAAAACAAAAUGCUACUUGGAUCUGGUCAAAAAUUAUAAUAAUGACAUCACAUAAAAUAAGAAUUUUCAAAGGGCAUUUUAUAUUAAUUUAGGGUUAUUCGAAGUAGGAAACAAGUUUAGAGUAUUGACAAGUAUUUCUAACUCAACACUACUGGCUGUGGUAUCUUUUUUUGCAAAAAUAUGCAUUUAAAUGCACUAUUCACGAUCCGGGGCAAAAAGGACACCUCAACCAGGGGCAAAAGCGUCACUCUAUCGCGCAAACAUAACCUUAAACACAAGUGUCAAACUGUUGUGAUUUCGUAUAGUGACCGGUCCUGGAUAAUGCGUACGUGGUACGAAUUUCGACGUAGAACAAUGACCAUCCGCCAGCAUGACCGUGACCGUGGUGACCGAGUCCGGCAUGUCUGUGAAGCGAGCAGCCACUCAGCACCGUGUUCGUCGUCGAACGCAGAAAAAAAAUUUUAAGCUUCCGGAUCGGAAGAUUAACGCUUCGGUCGCUCCGCACCAGAGAAUAAUCCGCAGCAUGAGGAUGCACUCGUUCAGCACAUACUCAACAUGGAACAACGACUCGUUGCACUGCCAAUUCCCGACUUCAGGAGCUUAGCAUUCCGGCAGGCGAUAAGGAACAAAAUUAAACAUCCGUUCAACACCGCGUUCCAACUGGCCGGUAAAUAUUGGUGUCACGGUUUCGGUCAACGCCACCUUGAACUGUGCCUACGUGCUCCUGAGACAUCGUUCGCUGAUUCAAUUAUGUGGCUAGAUGAUAGUUUCAUUAUUACACCUUCAUUUCAAUAUGUGUCCUUUUUGCCCCUGUAGGGUGGCCUUCUUGCCCCGGCCUUUUUUUCAAUGAAAAAAAAAACAACCAAAAGAAAUGUUAAUAUUUAGUCCACUUUUAUAAUAUGAUUCAUAUCAAUAUCAAUGUAGUUUCAUUGACAGCAAUCUACAUUACAUUUUGCGUACGAUAAACGUUUGAUUUAGUGGUGUUACUACUAUAUAAUAGUUCAAAAUGCUUAAGGUGACCUUCUUGCCCCGGGUUCCCCUUCAUUUACUGUUUACUCUAACCAAUAGUAGGGUUGAAUAGCGUUAUUGGUUGCUAAUUGUUGCAAAAAACAACCCCAUCAAAUUUUAGAAAUAAUAGUGCCAAUUUUGAAAAGUUUAGAAGUUCUUCUACAAACCUAAACCACAUCAUAUGCUACUCUUAGUUCCUAUUCCUCUAGCAAUUUUGUAUGUUGCAUUCAAGUUGCACAUUUAGCAUAACCUAGAAACCGUUAGAACCUAGCGCAUCUUUCCACCACUUCUUCCAGCACCCAAUGAAUCGCAAUAAUAACACUCUUGAUCCUGAACAAUUCACAUACACAAAGCUAAUACACACAAAGGGCAAAAUUGCAUUAAAGAAGGUUGUGUUAAAAUUGCGCCGAAAGCCUAUACGCCUGAUUAUGAUUCAAAUCAUUCGUGACGACGUGACGACUUUUAACCUCUUUUAAAACGAAAAUUCGCAAAUUGAAGUUAGUUUUCCAAUUAACACGCACUACCUUUCACCAAGCAAAAUAAUAACUUGGAAGAAGUCUAAAAAAACUAACUAGAUUUGAAGUUAAUGACAAAAGAAAAACAGGAAAACAGACAGAAGAGUAAUUAAAAUACUAAGAAAAUAAUUAAAAACAAUACAAUAAGAGGAAACGAAUUUAUAUUGACCAUAUAUAAUUCUGAGACUUUAAUAAAAUGGUUCUUCUGCAUGAUUCAAA